GUAACAUUUCUAAAGUGCGACUCGCUGGAAUCCACACGCGACUCCCGAACCCCGAUAUCUAAUUAAGUUGUCCACAGCAGAAUCGAUUCCCUACUGGACGUCAUUUUAAUCCAUUCCGGCCACAAUCCGAUUUCUUCUUAAUCAGUCUCCGAUUUGACCUUAUAUCUUCAUCUAUGACUUUCGUCGAAAUAUAAUAGAACUUAGGUGGAAAGUAUUACAUGCAUAGCUCACGGUACAAGAAAUGGCAGACGAACAAGUGUCACUCACUUCCCUUAUCCUAAUAAUCGUCCUCGGCGGCCUCAUUAUUCGUUAUCUAUUCUUCUCUCCGGCCUCUCAGCCUCCGCGACCGACACGCGAUGCACAGUCAGCUUCCCGCGCAAGAGAGGCUGCGGUAGAACGGAUACAGCAAAUGUUCCCUCAGGUCGACCGGAGGACUAUCUUGUGGGAUCUGCACCGUAACGGGGGGAACAUUGCGGCUACCACGGAAAGGAUAUUGUCCGGAAGGCUGGAAACACCGCCUAUUACAUUUCAACCGCCACCUCCUCCAGCCUCCCCGACACCAUCGUUGACAGCGCAAACACAAACCUUCAAAGCGCCACCCAAGCCUGCCGAACCGGACCUAAUUACCAGGUAUAGGUUGCAAGACAAAGUCACUGUAAACAGCGAAGUCGAGUCCGUAACGAAGUCAAAGUCAUGGAGCUCCAACCGGGACGAGAGACAGGCGUCGCUACAACGGAGGCGAGAUGAGAUGAUCUUAGCAGCGAGGAAGAAGAUGGAGGCUAAAAUGGCGGCGGAGAAGGUUGACGGGAAAACCCAAUAAUGAAC